GCAGAGAAGUUGGAGGAGAGAGUGAGAGACAGAGACGGAGAGACGGGGAGCUGGGGAUUGAGUGUUAUAGGCGCUGUUGUCACAUAUUUAAUCACUGACUUUACUGCUCAUCUUUGGAUCGCUAGAUCACACCCAGGCCACUCUCCCUCAUCUCUUUCUCUCGUUUUUUUUCUUCUUUGCACAUUUUGCUGACGCGCAGCCACAGGUUGGCCGAUUUUAUUCAGUGGAUUAUUAGUCCUCCUCGUCGUCUUCUCCCUGAACCUGACGGGGACGUGCACCGUCGAUAAGUCAGCGAUGAUCGCUUGUGGGGAAACAAUCUGAACAUUCAAAGUAAGGAGGAGGUGGAGGAGGAGGAGGAGGAGGAAGAGGAAGAGGGGGGAGACAUCCAUUCAUUCUGCGAGGAGGCGACGCGCAAAUUGUGUCUUUUUUCUUUUGGUGAAGCGAAGACCUGUGGAGGAGCUGAAAGGAGACGAAGCGGUGUGUGUGUGUGUGUGUGUGUGAAAGAUCAGGGGAUGGCCGUGACAACAUGAGAAAGAAAAAGUGUGGAGGUCCUGUUUUUCAACCAGCCGCUGACUGAACGCACCUAACCUGGGGGCAAGGACCGUGGGAGAAGAGGUCGGAGGUAGGUGAGACAGGUGCUUGGCCACAGCUCUGACUAUGGAGCCUCCCCCUUCUCUGAGCUUGGCUCUGCUAGGGGGAAGCGAGGAUGAGGACCAGCGCUUCCUUCUCCCCCUAGGCAGCAUAUCCCAUCCCUCCACGGCUGGCAACCAGCCAGGAUCGAACCACUCCAACCACACAGGAGCUUCGAGUAUUGACCGUCUGAAUGGCAGCACUCCAUCGCCGUCCUCCACCACACCCAACUUGCCCCCGGCAUCCCUCCCCAAGUUGCCGUUGUCCUCCUCCGGAGCCCAGCCUCUGCCCCCGCCCAUCCCCAAUGCGCUGCAUCCCACCAGUACCCCGCUGUCCUCCUGCCUGGGUUCCCAGCACAGCCUGAGUGGGGACAACUCCCCAGUCUACAACGCCCUCUUUUACUCCUCCCACUCCCCCUCCAUGGAGCGGGACAGGGACAGAGACCGUGACAGGGAGAGAGACCGGGGCAGCAAACACAGACAGGCCAGCCCUCUUGUCCACCGCCGGGACAGCAACCCCUUCACGGAGAUCGCCAUGAGUUCCUGUAAGUACACAGGCGGCGUCAUGAAGCCCCUGAGCCGCCUCAGCGCCUCCAGGAGAAACCUCAUAGAGUCGGACAGCAGCAGCGAAACCAAAGAGGGCGGCGUUUCAGCUGUUGCCGGGGCGACAGCUGCUGGCGGACAUGACAGACAGCGGGACGUCCCUCCCGCUUACUCGGAGACCCAGUCGUCAACUCACCAACCCCCCAUCCAGAGCCCCCCAGAGAUUGUGAUCUCUUCCAAAGAGGACUCGCCGUACCUGAGACGAGGGUACGACAUCACGGACUCCACGUCCAACCAAAUGUCCAUCUACCACCAGAACCACGCGCUGGUGGAGAGCCGGCGGGGGCAGUCGGAGCGGAGCAGCAGGCAGGGAGGGGUUGGGUCAACGGGUACCGGGGCCAGAGGCAGCACGUCCAAGGCCCCUAAACGGAAGAACCAAAACAUUGGCUAUAAGCUGGGGCACCGCAGGGCACUGUUCGAGAAGAGGAAGAGGCUGAGCGACUACGCCCUCAUCUUCGGGAUGUUUGGCAUCGUGGUCAUGGUGAUUGAGACGGAGCUGUCGUGGGGAGUGUACACCAAGAGUUCCAUGUAUUCUCUGGCCCUGAAGUGUCUGAUCAGCCUGUCCACAGUCAUCCUGCUGGGCCUCAUCAUAGCCUACCAUGCACGUGAGGUUCAGCUGUUCGUCAUAGACAAUGGAGCGGACGACUGGCGCAUCGCCAUGACCAUGGAGAGGGUUCUGCUAAUCGCCCUGGAGCUGCUGGUGUCUGCUGUGCAUCCAGUGCCUGGGGACUUUAAAUUCCAGUGGCGGGCGCGACUGGCCUUCUCGUAUGUGCCUUCGCAAGCCGAGGCUGACCUGGACAUGGUACUGAGCGUGCCCAUGUUCCUGCGCCUCUACCUCAUCGCCAGAGUCAUGCUUCUGCACAGCAAACUCUUCACUGACGCCUCCUCCAGGAGUAUAGGCGCCCUCAAUAAGGUCCAUUUUAACACGAGGUUUGUAAUGAAAACCCUCAUGACCAUCUGCCCUGGGACGGUGCUGCUGGUCUUCAGCAUCUCCCUGUGGAUCAUCGCUGCCUGGACUGUACGAGUGUGUGAGAGGUACCAUGACGCCCAGGAUGUGACCAGUAACUUCCUGGGAGCGAUGUGGCUUAUCUCUAUCACUUUCCUUUCCAUCGGCUAUGGAGACAUGGUUCCUCACACCUACUGUGGCAAAGGAGUCUGUCUGCUCACAGGCAUCAUGGGUGCAGGAUGCACAGCUCUGGUGGUUGCUGUGGUAGCCAGGAAGCUGGAGCUGACCAAAGCUGAGAAACACGUGCACAACUUCAUGAUGGACACGCAGCUCACCAAGAGGAUCUUUAGACACAUGCGUCAGGAGGGAUGGUGACAUCCGAGCAUCUUUUUCGGCGCGUUGCUGUCUGCGAAGGAAAGAUCUAAUAACCUUAUCAGUUCAGUGCACAGUGUUAAUUUGCAUUUGGCACUCGGUGAAGCAAAGGCUGUCCCUUUUGAUAGGAUUAAAACAAUGUUAAUUAAACAACAGUUAAUGCAGCCCUGCUGUCUGUGAGGUGUGAAGUGCCCAUGUUUGAUGUCAAGAGGUGAGUUUUUUUUUGUUUUUUUUUUAUGUGGCACAUUAAAGGUGCAUAUAAAUGUAUGGUUCUUGGCCUGAGGCAGUUUUCUUUCUUCAGAUUUAAAGUUGUUUCUUAGAGUAGUGCCCUAAGUAUAUAAAUCUGAGCGUUAACAAAGCUGCAGAGUAAGAGAAGUGGCCUCCUCUUUUUUUUCUUUUUGACAACACCAAAGUGUUUUUAAAUCAAACCGACUGACUACUUACAGUCUCAGUCAAAAGUGAAUGCUUAACCAUCGUGACUUAAAAGUCAUAUUAAUUUGGGGCUUUAAAUGAUUCUUAUAAACUAUAUUUAUUUCCAGUAUGGAGUGUUUGCACAGCAUACAGCAGAUUUAACAAACCAAAAGAAAAAAGAAAAAAAAAACAAGAACUAGGAGCACAGGUUUGAAUAUUUCUCCAAUCCACACAACCUUGACUUUAACAUCCAGAUGAAACUAUUAGCACACACCCCAAUCUCAUGUUGGGUUAAGUGUCUCUUAGAAAGUUGCACCUCCACCACAGGCUUUCUGCAGACGUCAAUGAGCUUAAUUCCGGCCGGACAUUUGACCGUUGUUUAUGACAGCAAUUAUAGAGCCAUUUUAAACAGGCUUUCAUGCCGAGUCUACACAUUUUUCACUGCAGUUGAGGUCAGAACUUCAAAUAAGA